AAUGAAUAAAUGAUUUUAAUAUUGACCCAGUUAGACAGACAGGUUUGUGUCAUUGACUUUUGCUAUAUAUUGGGAAAAAAUUGCGAAAUUAGAAUUAGAAACAUGAACGGUGUGAUACUAGUGGUUUUCUUUGCGACGGUUGGCUACACUGCCAAAUUGCCGUCCAGUUUCACGAAAUGUGACCCCAACAACCCCAAAUGUUUGACUAAAUCGGUCGAAAAUGCCGUAAAACAAUUAACUAAAGCGUUCAAAGAUGUCGGGUUGCCAAAUUUAGAACCCUUGGAGGUACCAUCACUGACUAUUGGUACCAACUCUGGUACCCAACACCACUACAAAGAUGUGAAAAUUUCAGGAUUCACCAAACUCACAUGUACCAACAUAAGUUUUGGGAAUAAGACCCUCAAAAUGGAGUGCACCAUUCCGCAACUGCGACUUGAUUUCCAAUACGAGAUUAAGGGAAAAAUCCUUUUGGUACCAAUUUACGGCAAAGGGCCUGGCUCAAUUACCCUAAACGAUUUAGACUACGUCCUGACGUUUCAAUUGGCCGAAAUUACGAAAAAAAGCACCAAACAUUUUAAAGUCGUCGAUAGUAAACUCGAAAUGAAUCCGAAAUCAAUUCAAUUCAAACUUGAGAAUUUAUUCGGGGGUGACAAAACCUUAGGUGAUAACAUUAAUCAAGUCAUGAAUGAAAAUUGGAGGGAGGUUUUCGCCGACGUUAAAACGAGCUACGAGGAAGCCUUUUCGAAAAUAUUUUUUUCGGUUUUUAGCAAUUUUCUGGCAAAAGUGCCGAUCUCGGAAAUAUUUAAUAGCAAUCAGUUAUACACAAAAAGAUUCGCGCGAAUCUGGGCCUCCAACACCAUGAAGACACUUCAUCUCGUAAUAAGUCUCUCAAUUUUGUGUUAUUGCAACUCCCGGAAACUCCCACCAACUUUCAAAAAAUGCAACGCUAACUCCCCCAACUUCAAUCAAUGUCUGGCCGAAGCCAUCCCUGAUGCCAUCAGACAACUGAAAAAUCCCAUGAAAAAAAUCGGAUUGCCGAGUUUUCAGCCACUUGUGAUCCCGGAAAUGACCAUUGCUCCUGGAGAGGGCCUUUUGGGAUUUUUCCAGAAUUACACCAACUUGCGAGUUGAGGGGUUCAACAAGAUAAGUUGCCACAAAGUCGAUAUGAAUUUCGAGAGCGAGAUUUUAACGAUGAGCUGUGCUUCCCCGCAACUCAGAGCCGACUUUGAUUACUUGUUCAAUGGGUCGGUCUCGAUUUUGCCCAUCUAUGGGGACGGUAACGGAUCAAUUGUUUUAGACGAUGUCAAGUGUUUCCACACUUUUUACAUGAAAGGUUACCAAAAAAAGGAUAAAACGCAUUUCAGGGUUACCAACAGCACCCUUGAUAUAAAUCCACAACGUGUCACCAUCCAGCUUAAUAAUCUCUACAAUGGGGACAAAAAUCUAGGGGACAAUUUAAAUCUCUUCAUUAAUGAGAACUGGAGUGAUUUUUACCAUGAACUGAAACCAUUAUUUGAGGAGGGCUUUACCAGAGUUUUUGCCGCUUUAUUUGAUAGUGUGUUGAGGAGAGUGCCGGUCAGUGACCUUUUUGAAGGUUACUAGGACGCACAAUUGUAAUUAUUUUAAUUUAUUUACUGUAUUUAUUCUUUUUUCGUUAAGAAAACAAGCGUGUGUAUGCAACCAAGAAUACACAAAAUUGUUAAAAAUCUUUAAAUAAUAACCAAACUACGUUGUUUAGCUUUUAUUGUAUUUCAAAGAAUGCUUUAAGCGAUUACUAGUAAAAUAAACGAUGUAAUAGUAUUG